AAGUCCAAGGGCCCUGGUCCUUCAAGAUGAGCCCCCCCUGAAAGUGUGGCUCCAGGAUUUCAGGCCCCAGUUGGGACUCGGGCUUGUGUGGGCCCAGAACUGGCCUUGACAGUGAACUCUGUGGCUGUGCUUUUGGAUUUCAAAGAUUUGCCCCCUCCCCAGGGGAGCUAGAGAGCUGAAGGAGAGCCAGUUUUCCAAAACCUGGCGAAGCGAGAAGAGUUUAUUGUCCUAAACAGAGUCCAAAGGAACUGUGGAAUUAGUGAAGACACUUGAAAAAAGUGGAGAAGGUAGAGGAUGGAGUUGCAGACUCUACAGGAGGCCCUCAAAGUGGAAAUUCAGGUUCACCAGAAACUGGUUGCUCAAAUGAAGCAGGAUCCACAGAAUGCUGAUUUGAAGAAACAGCUUCAUGAACUCCAAGCCAAAAUCACAGCUUUGAGUGAGAAGCAGAAAAGGGUCGUCGAACAGUUGCGGAAGAAUCUGAUCGUGAAGCAGGACCAGCCGGACAAGUUCCAGAUUCAGCCGUUGCCCCAGUCGGAGAACAAACCGCCCCCAGCCCAGCAGCAACCUCUACAGCAACUUCAACAGCAGCCCCAGUACCACCAUCACCACCAUCACCACCAACAGCAGCCCGCCGCUCCCCCACCUAACCUGACCGCAUCCCAGAAGACUGUAACAACAGCUUCUAUGAUCACCACGAAGACACUACCUCUUGUCUUGAAAGCCGCAACCGCGACCAUGCCUGCCUCCGUUGUGGGCCAGAGGCCCACUAUUGCCAUGGUGACCGCCAUCAACAGUCAGAAGGCUGUGCUCAGCACUGAUGUGCAGAGUGCACCAGUCAACCUCCAGACCUCCAGUAAGGUCACUGGGCCUGGAACAGAAGCUGUCCAAAUAGUGGCGAAAAACACAGUGACUUUGCAGGUUCAGGCAACACCUCCGCAACCCAUCAAAGUACCACAGUUUAUCCCCCCUCCCAGGCUCACUCCUCGUCCAAACUUUCUUCCGCAGGUUCGACCCAAACCGGUGGCCCAGAAUAACAUUCCUAUCGCCCCAGCUCCUCCUCCAAUGCUUGCAGCUCCGCAGCUCCUUCAGAGGCCCGUGAUGUUGACGAAAUUCACCCCCACUUCUCUCCCCACCUCCCAGAACUCCAUCCACCCAGUCCGGGUCGUGAACGGGCAAACCGCCACCAUAGCCAAAACUUUCCCCAUGGCCCAGCUCACCAGCAUUGUGAUAGCAGCUCCCGGAACCAGACUUGCUGGACCUCAGACCGUACAGCUCAGCAAACCAAGCGUUGAAAAGCAGACUAUUAAAUCCCACACAGAAACCGAGGAGAAGCAAACCGAGAGUCGUACUAUUACUCCGCCUGCUGCACCCAAGCCAAAACGAGAAGAGAAUCCCCAGAAACUCGCCUUCAUGGUGUCUCUGGGGUUGGUAACACAUGACCAUCUGGAAGAAAUCCAGAGCAAGAGGCAAGAAAGGAAAAGAAGAACAACAGCAAAUCCAGUGUACAGUGGAGCAGUCUUUGAGCCUGAGCGGAAGAAGAGUGCAGUCACAUAUCUGAACAGCACAAUGCAUCCUGGGACCCGAAAGAGAGGUCGUCCUCCAAAAUACAAUGCAGUGCUGGGGUUUGGGGCUCUCACCCCAACGUCCCCCCCAUGCAGUCAUCCUGACUCCCCUGAAAAUGAAAAGACAGAGACCACAUUUACUUUCCCAGCACCUGUUCAGCCUGUGUCCCUGCCCAGCCCCACUUCCACAGACGGUGAUAUCCAUGAGGACUUUUGCAGUGUUUGCAGAAAGAGUGGGCAGCUGCUGAUGUGUGACACGUGUUCGCGAGUCUAUCACCUGGAUUGUCUGGACCCUCCACUGAAAACCAUUCCCAAGGGCAUGUGGAUCUGUCCCAAAUGCCAAGACCAGAUGUUGAAGAAAGAAGAAGCGAUUCCGUGGCCUGGGACUUUAGCAAUUGUUCAUUCAUAUAUUGCCUACAAAGCAGCAAAAGAAGAGGAGAAGCAGAAGCUACUCAAAUGGAGUUCAGAUUUGAAACAGGAAAGAGAACAACUAGAGCAGAAGGUGAAACAACUCAGCAAUUCUAUAAGUAAAUGCAUGGAAAUGAAGAACACCAUCCUGGCGAGGCAGAAGGAGAUGCACAGCUCCUUGGAGAAGGUAAAACAACUGAUCCGCCUUAUCCACGGCAUCGACCUUUCCAAACCCAUAAACUCUGAGGCCAGUGUGGUGGCCGUCUCCAACGGGCCGGACUGCACUACUGAUGCUAACGCUGCCGCCUCCCCCCCCGCCCCCGCCCCGUCCCCCUCCCAGAGCUGCCCGGCGAACUGUAACAAGGGCGAUGAGACUAAAUAAAUGGUGUACAGCUGGGAGGAGCCAAGGGAGGCGGCGAGGAGGAGCAAAAUCCCGAAAACUCUAGAAAAGCAAACCCGGAUUUCUUCUGGAAAGUGCAGAAUUCUUUUGGUUCUUUGGUUCCAGAGAGAGAGAAGAUGCUUGUGCCAGGUGGCACUGGAGUUUGCCAAUUGAUCCUUCUUAUUCUGUGUGUACAUGCAAAGUUUGGACCAUGUUACAUGAAAUAGUGCCAGCUGGAGGUUCUUUGCCAGCACCAUGCCAAGUGAAAUAAUAUAUUUACUCUCUCUAUUAUA